AUGGCGUGGGCCGAGUUGGAGCUCCAAGGCCAGACUCUCAGUCCUCUCUCGCCGGACCUCCGACAGGGCCUGAUUGCCGUCUCGGCGCUGGCCCUCGUUUCCUUUGUUGCGUCGACGGCGCUGUUUCUCUACCUGACGUACAAGCUGGUCGUCUGGCGCUGGCUUGUCCGGACGGAGCAGCUCCGGCAGGGCGAGCCGCCUCGACCAUCGUCACAUGCAAUCACAGACUUCACUCUCGGGAUCGAGGGCAUCUUCACCGAGGGCGAUCCAGCACAGGCCGAGGCGGCGGCUCCGCGGGACGAGCGCCGAGAUGGCCGCAGCUGGUGGGCCAGGAGUCCGCCGCCGAACCAAUUCGCCGUCUUGAUUUACAACCUCUUCCUGGCCGACAUGCAUCAGAGCCUGGCUUUUCUCCUCAACGCCUCCUGGCUAUGGCGUGACGGCAUCGUCGUCUCGACGCCGACGUGCUUUGCGCAGGGCCUGUUGGUCUCGACGGGGGAUCUUUCGUCGAGCAUCUUCAUCACCACCAUUGCAAUCCACACGUACCUUUCGGUUGUGCGGCAACGCAGGCCCUCGCACCGCACCGUCGGUGCCGUUGUCGUCUGCAACUGGAUCUUUGUCUACGCCAUAUCCUUGCUGCCCGUCUUGGUAACGCGCAACGGUGCUGAGCGCGGCGGCUUCUUUGUCAGGGCCGGCGCCUGGUGCUGGAUAAACAAAGACUACGAGCAGCUCCGUCUCGCCACGCACUACUUCUUCAUCUUCCUUGCACUGGGCGUCACGUCAACCCUGUACGUCGCCAUCUUCGUGGCUCUUCGCCGGCAGCGAAGCCAAGCACAAAGGGUAGCCUUCGCGGACAGCCAGGCGCCGCUGACCCACGAGCUGGUGUUUCUCGUAUACCCGCUCAUCUAUGUCUUGUGCACCCUGCCUCUUGCUCUCGGACGCAUUGCCACAAUGGCAGGCAAGGAUGUGCCGACGGGGUACUUUUGCUUCGCCGGCGCCAUCAUCGCCUUCAACGGGGCGUUCGACUGCUUGCUGUUUGGGACAACACGCAGCGCCAUCAUCUUCGGAUCGGCGUCGGAUCUGUCCUCCGACAGCAUCGGCUUCAAGACCUUUGCAUUCCUCAAGACCCCGUCAGCAAGGCGUUAUGGCAACAUGAUCUGGAUACAGGGGGGUGGCGAUGGCGGAAGAAGAUCAUGGCGAGACAAUAAGAUGGCUGGUGGAUGGUGGCCGUGGAACCAACGCGGACGCCCAUGGCCUCGGAAGGAAAGGCACCAGAGCACGAGCCAAGAGCCGCUCGGCGCCGCCGCCAUACAGAUGGACAUGGUGACGAGCGUCGUGGUCGAGGUGGACUCUGACCAGGACUCAUGGCCCGGCCCGACGCGUUCUAAGCGUACGGCAGCCAGUGCCAGUGUGUCGGCGAUGAGUACGGAUGGAGUCACUUUGAAGGAAUAG